UCUGGUUAUUGGCAUUAUCACUAUAAACUAUAUAAGGAAAAUGUUGAGCCAUUGUAAAUACUAUAAAAUCAACUCCAAGAACAUACAAUCUGAAGAAGCCGCAUACAUACCAAUACAAGCAAAAAAUAUCAAAUGAGAAAUCUGCCAAAAAUCUAUAUUGUUUUCUUGUUCGUCUUUCUUUCAUUUGGUUCGGGCUAUGGGGUCCAACCGUUCUGGCCCGAUACGGUUGUCACAAUGACAAACUUGAUUGAAAAUCAAGAAAAAAGCGGUCCACCUCUUACCGUUCAUUGCAAAUCAAAGCAAGACGAUCUAGGAUCUCACGUGGUGCCUUUCAAGCAAGAAUACCACUUUAAGUUUCAAACCAAUCUUUGGAAAACAACAUUGUUCUUUUGCACUUUUCAAUGGGAUAAGCAAUUAAAACAAUUUGAUAUAUUUGAUGCUCUGAGAGAUCAAGAUGUAUGUUAUCUAUGUAAUUGGACUAUCAAAGCUGAUGGUGCUUGCAGGCUUGGUAAAAAGCAAAAAUGUUUUCCUUGGAAAUAAUUUCAUAUGAUCCUGAUGAAGACAUAACAAUUAAUGAAAAAUUGAGAAUGAAUAAGACAAUAAAAUUUGAAUC